AUGGAGACAUCCCUGUCUUUUCAGGGCACGACGGGAUCUGGGCCCAUCAGCUGGAUAUCGCUUUGGUUCUUCCAUCUUGGGACUCCGGGAGCUGAAGGUGAUGCUGGUGUGUUGUUUUGGCCAGCCUUGAUGAGCAAGACGCCGUCGUCCCAGGCGCAUCACCGCGCCUUGCGUGGGAACCCGAGAAGGCUGAGCUCCCCACAAAGGCUGCAGCAGAUGCUGCAGAUGCUGCAGCUGUUUGUGGCAUCUGUGGCGCCCGAACCCAGCACGGAAGCGGAAGCGCAGCACUCCCUGGACACGCCCUGCAGCCGCUGCGCCGCAGCCGAAACGAGCGCGGUCGUCGCGGGUGUCAAGGUUUGUCCUUGA